AACUCUUCUAGGAGGUGCGGGCAUUAAACAGAAAGCCGCUUCCUUGGCCACACGGAGCAUGCGCGCCGCUGCAUUUGCGCAUGCUCAGCUGUUCCGGAAACAAGAUUUCGAGAGUUCAGACUUAACUACAAGUGGGCAGUUUCUGUGGUAAUUUCAUUUCCGCGCAGAGCGGAGUUCGUGGUGCUUUCCAAAGAGGCCGAGUCACUGUGGGGGGGAGAGAGAGAAGCCAGUCUGGAUGGCGGGGUCGCUGCCGGCCGACGGCCCGCUGCCCAUCAACCGCCUGGCGGAGCCCCUGUUGCGGAAACUCAGCGACGUGUUGGAUCGGGCGGCUGCGGGCAAAGGCUGGAGGGACCUGGCGCAGCUCGCCGGCAGCCACGGCGGGGUCAGGCUGAGUUCUCUGGAAUUGGAGCAAUGUUCUCUUGAAGUCCUGGUGGCUGAAGGAAGUCCCAGCAGAAGUCUUCUUCAGCUGAUGGGUGAAAGAGGCUGUACUGUGUUGGAGCUGACAAAAUUGCUGCAGGCUCUGGAACAUACUGAAGCGCUUCAGUGCCUCAACAUUCCAGGUAUAAAGGUAGUGGUAGAACCAGAGUCUCGGGCAGCAUUAUCUGGCCAGACGGUGAAGCUGAGUUGCUGGGCAGCUGGUUAUCCACAUCUACAUUAUCAGUGGUUCAAACAAAAAAAGGAGGUUCCACAUGGGAAUACCCCAGAGCUAGUCUUCAGCCAAGUGAAUACAGAUGAUGCUGGCAUUUACAUAUGCCGAGUGAACAGUGAGUCUUCCUAUGUUUUCAGUCGAUGGGUUCAGCUGGAUGUGUGUGAUCUCCAAGGAGCUUAUCAUGGAGACUCUCUUGAUUUGCCUGAAAACAAGAUACAUAUUUGCAUCCAUCCGCAGCCUCAAAAUCUUAUGGUAGGGGAAAUGUUGGUUCUACAGUGUGAAGCUAUAGGAAUCCCUAUACCUCAAUAUCAGUGGUUCAGAAAUGGAUCCCCACUUACUAAUGGAGAUAAAAAGAGUUAUAUGAUAUCCUCUGUGAACACUGAACAUCAAGGUAUAUAUUGGUGCCAUGUAUACAAUGAUAAAGACAAUCAGGAAAGCAAGAAGGUAGACAUUGCCAUAGGUGGAAAACCUGUUGCAGUAGAAUGCACAGAAGAGGACUUAAGUGGUCUUGGAGGGCAUGAUCUUCAAGAUCAGUCUGCUGAAAGGCAAUUUGCGGUAGACAAGGUAGCCCUGCUGAUGGGCAACAUGAGCUAUUGUAACCAUCCAAAGCUCAAGGCUCCAUUGGUGGAUGUUUAUGAACUGACCAACUUGCUGAGGCAGCUGGACUUCAAAGUGGUUUCCCUGCUGGAUCUUACUGAACCUGAGAUGCGGAAUGCAGUUGAUGAAUUUUUAUUGCUCCUGGACAAAGGGGUAUAUGGUUUAUUAUAUUAUGCCGGCCAUGGCUAUGAAAACUAUGGUAACAGUUUUAUGGUUCCUAUUGAUGCCCCAAAUCCCUAUCGAGCGGCAAACUGUCUCUGUGUUCAAAACAUUCUGAAACUGAUGCAAGAAAAAGAAACUGGCCUCAAUGUAUUUUUACUGGAUAUGUGCAGGAAAAGGAACGAAUAUGACAACACCGUUCUAAUCUUAGAUGCCCUGAAGGUUACCGCUAACAUUGUUUUUGGAUAUGCCACGUGCCAAGGAGCAGAAGCUUUUGAAAUUCAGCAGUCUGGCUUAGCCAAUGGGAUAUUCAUGAAGUUCUUGAAGGAACGCUUACUAGAGGACAAGAAGAUUACUGUACUCCUUGAUGGUGUGGCAGAAGAUAUGGGCAAGUGUCACCUUACCAAAGGCAAGCAGGCUUUGGAGAUUCGCAGCAGCUUAUCUGAGAAGAGAGCAUUAACUGAUCCUAUUCAGCAAACAGCAACCUCAGCAGAGUCGAUGGCGCGGAACCUACAGUGGGCAAAAGCUCAUGAACUUCCUGAGAGUAUGUGCCUUCAGUUUAAAUGUGCUGUCCAAAUUCAACUUGGCUUUGCAGCUGAAUUCUCCAAUGUAAUGAUCAUCUACUUGAGGAUAGUAAAUAAACCACCUGAAAUCACAGUGUGCAAAGCUUAUGUCAUGGAUUUCCCCCUUGACUUGGAUAUUGAUCCUAAAGAGGCCAAUAAGGGGACUCCUGAGGAAACUGGCAGCUAUUUGCUUUCAAAGGAUUUGCCUAAACAUUGCCUCUAUACUAGAAUAAGUUCACUACAGAAGCUAAAGGAAGACUUAACCUUCACUGUUUGUCUGCACUAUGAAUAUGCCGGAGUAGAUGAUGUCUUGGAUGAAAGGAAGGUGGUGAACAUUGGCAAGCCACUCAUUGCUCGAUUGCGCAUCCACCAAGGAUUCGGGAAGAAUAGCUGCUUCCAGAGCUGCUGUUUUGCCCACUCGCCCGGCCCAGGGGCAGCCAAGUUCUGCCCCCCUCUUCCUAAUUGCCCGUCACAUUCCUAUGCCGGCUUCUGCCAGCCAAGCCCUGCUCACUCAGGGAAUGCUUUGCAGCCAGCAGGGUGCCACUGCAGGAUGACUCCAAACAGGCUACUGGCAUGGCAGUCCAUGUGGCCCUAUCCCAACCAGAGCAACAUCCCUGUGGAGACCACCGAUGAGACAGAUGAACUGGAAUCCAAUUUCUCAGGAAGCUUAAGACUGUCUCAUCCACAGUAGCCAAAAUCUGCACGAGACCGUCUGUUGGCAACAUUCCUCAGGCACUCAGUUGCAAGUCCGCUUCUCUGUUCUGGAAUUGGAGAGAAGGGCAUUGGCAUUUAUAGGCAGCAAUGGGGUUGGCGCAUACUCAAACAUGGUGUUGGGUGGUGUUUUUUUGGUUUUUUUAAAGGCAACCAGAAAGGCAAGACUUCUUGUUCCAUUCCCAGAAAUUUUAGCUUUGUUUUUUAAACUGGAGAUGAGGAAACUGCAGAACACAUGGGGAUACAGUAGUAAGGAAGAGUUUUACAAUCUAAAUCACUGAUAAUAGGCCCGGUUAUGGGGCCAUGGGAGUGUAUGUAUGUUGGAUUUUUUAAAAAAGCAACAGUCUUCAUGGAUAUGUACAGAGGAUUGUCGUAUACCAGGCCUGCACAACUUCAGCCCUCCUGCAACUCCCACUGUGUUAAAUAUAAAUGUGCUGUGUUUUAUGUUUUAAUUCUGCACAACUCUAGAGACUUUUCUACUAGGCGGUAUAUAAAUUCAAUAAAUAAAUAAAUAAAUUGUCCCUGACUAAUGGCCGCUGUGGCUGAGAUGAUGAGAGUUGUAGUCCUAACAGCAGCUGGAGGGCACAGGUUGUGCAGCUCUGUAGUAUGCCUUUGAACCACGGAUGCGGAGGACAAACCGACCAGAGAGGCCUCUUGUCCUGCUUGUGCUCUUUCCAGAGGCAUCUGCAUGGCCAAAGCUGGACCAGAACCUUUGGUCAGAUCUAGCCUGGGUCUUCUUCUUUCUGUUCUCUGAAAAUGCUGGGAUCUGGCUUCUGGUACCAAAAACUCGGCAGCCAAGCUGGGAUAAACAAAAGAAACUGCAUCAUAAGCUUCCAUUUACUCAGAAGCCAGUUGCAUUGCACAAGAUCAGUGUUUGCAAUUAGUAAAAAAGGGCAUAUUUUUCUGUAGGCUUAUGAGUGUACCUGGACUUGUUUUAGUUACCACGAGUGAAAUGGGUUUCCUCGUCUGAUUUACAGAUUGCCUUGUAUGUGUUAAGUUUAGCAUUCCAUUCUUCUGUGUAACCUCAGCCCUAUUGGGACAUUACAUUGCACAUACAUACAUGUGUUUGUGUGGAUGACUGUACCUGUGCUCCUUUUAAAAAUGAACCUGGAUGUAAGGUAAAGUGUGCCGUCAAGUCGAUUUCGACUCCUGGCGCCCACAGAGCCCUGUGGUUUUCUCUGGUAGAAUACAGGAGGGGCUUACCAUUGCCUCCUCCCAUGCAGUACAAGAUGAUGCCUUUCAGCAUCUUCCUAUAUCGCUGCUGCCCGAUAUAGUGCCAGCGGGGAUUCGAACUGGGAACCUUCUGCUUAUUUGUCAAACAUUUGAACCUGGAUGUAGGCCGCUAGAAAUGCCGGCUGUGAAUAGGAAGUAUACUGAAGCACUUGCAUUCAACACAGCAUGUGAAUGACUGUACCUGCAUGCAGAUCUGUGCACUGUACACAGAUUGUAUUAGUGUUGGACUUAAUGUAUGAAUAGGGCUUUAGUCUCCUCAUAACUACUGGCAUGUGCAGUCUAGGUUUCUGGGGGAAACUAAUCCCAAGCUAACAGGGAACAUUGAUUUGUUGGAAACUAUGAAACCGCCCAUGGUUCUUGACUCUCCAUAGCCUCUUUUUUUUUUUUUACUAUGGAGUCUUGGAUGUGCUGAUCAAAGGGAGUAAAGGACUCUCAACACAGAGGGGUGUGUGUACUGAGGAAGCAGCGGAGAGACAGCUGGCUCCAAACUCUGAAGACCAUUGUAUCGUAGCUGAUAAUUUCAUCCAUGCACAGCCCUAAAGGGAAGAGAGUGAGGGGGACCCCUCUACUCUCUUAAGUCCAAGGAGUCAAAGGAUGUUAAAGAGAUGCUGUAUACCUGGCUGGCCAACCUGAGGCUCUCCAGCUGUUGUUGGACUACAACUCUUAUCUUUUUUAUUAUUAUUAUUGUGAGCCCUUUGGGGUCAGGGAUCCAUCUUAUUUAUAUAUGAUUUCUCUAUGUAAACCGCUUUGGAAAAAUUUGUUGAAAAGCGGUAUAUAAAUAUUUGUUGUUGUUGUUGUUAUCAUCCCAAGAUUACAAUAAAUUGUGUCUGGGGGUGAUAAUAAUUGUAGUCCAGCUGGAGAGCCUCUGAUUGACCACCCUGCUGUAUGUUGUGCCUCCUUCCCAAUGCCUGGGGCUGUUUGUUUGUGUCUCUCUAUGUGUCUCUUGUCUUCCUGUUGUUUGCAUUCCUCCUCAUAGGAGGCUAUGCUGAGUGGCUACUAGGGAUGUGCACGAGCCAGUUUGGAGGCCCUUUCAUAUGCCUUUGAACCAGUUCAAAUGUCCUGCGGUUCAGCUGGUUCAAAGGUGGCGGAGUAUCUUUGACAGGGGAGGGUGCUCUUACCAUUGCGUUUCCCCCCGCCUGCUCUGUCUUUUAAAGCGGUCCAAUGGGGCGGCAGCAUACCUCUUUGCCGCCCCGGUGCCACCUCAGACCAGAAGUGCCCGUUGUGCAUGCGCACCCUCCCCAUCCUUAAAUAUAUCCCCACCACCACCUUCGAACCGGCAGGUGCUGGUUCCAUGCACACCACUAGUGGCUACAGCCAUGCUGUUAAUGUGCUUCUGAAGGAGUAGGGCAGGAGGAUAAUUUAAAGGCAUGAUAGAAACUGCAGCCUGGGAGAUGACUGUACAUGGAUAGGAACACUCAUUAUCCCAAACCUUUCUUCUAUUAUUUUGUUUGAUGCCCUUUAUUUAUAAUUCCUGGCCUUGUGUCAUUCUCCAGCUGUGAAACUAGAUGCCAGUAUGGUCCAGCCAUUUAAUUUGGACUUGGAAAUUCUGAGUUUGGACCUCAGCUCACUCAGUCUCUAGGUACACUUUUGUAUCGUAGCUGCAUUUUCCAAUUGCUAAAAUGGAAUUUUAUCGUUUGCAAUUCUCACAUAUUCUAUGCAGAAAAUGCUGUAUAAAUAUUAUACUGUUACAGUAGAUGUCGGCCUCACUGAAUGUUGAUAUUUGCCAGUAAUGCUUAAGAUUUUAAGUGACUGGCAGGAAAUGCCAGUGACUGAUAUCCUGACUAAAUUAUUCAGUAAUACUACUCAGGAGUUACGUAAAAGACUACUAAAUUUCAAUAGAACUUUCUUUAGUAAAUAUAGUCAGGAUGUCAGCCAGUGAAUUGUGACACCAGAAAAUUACAAGGCUAAGUGAGGGUCUUUAGUGAACUUGUUUCACACUCCUUUCUAUUGUUUACUGAUAAGGGGACAGGGCUUUCCAUGGUGCAGAUGUAAAUGUUGAACGCGAGCCGUUGAUACAAUCAUUCCUGACACUUACCAAUAUGUCUUAAGAAGCUUCAAGUUGCCUUCAAUAAAUGACAGAGCUUCACCUGCAUUUGUAUAAUUGACUGGUAAAUGCUGGCAUUUACCAAAACUGAGUAUAAAUUCUCCAGUCAAGAAUUAAAUUGGUCUUCUGACAUUCUUACACAUAUUGUACCUAACAAAUGAAUUUUUGGUUGACUUGAAAGAUACUGUACUCCAAAUAAAAGGUUUAUGUCAA